CGCCGCCUGACUCGGCAGUCCCGGCUUGCAUUGGGCUCACGGCCCGGGAUCCCACACCCCACGCGCCGGUCCGCGUGGACGCCCAAGCCGAGGGAUUCCUCUACCCUCCCCUCCGCCCAGCCCCGAGGGACGAGUUCCCGCCGCGGGCGCUCGGAACCAGAGCCAGCCGGGCGGGGCGGCGCCUCCAGGCCACCAGAUGUUUGCCAUCCAGCCAGGGGUAGCUGAAGGGGGGCAGUUCCCGGGGGACGCGCCUCCUGGAGUAUGUCAGCCCGAGCUUCAACCAGACAGCAACUCCAACUUCAUGGCAAGUGCCAAAGAUACCAAUGAGAACUGGCAUGGGAUGCCAGGCCAAGUGGAACCCAUACUGACGAGGAGCUUCUCUGAGUUGCCCUCUGACAACCAGGCCUUCCAGGAUCCUGGACUCCCUGAGGGGGAGGUCCGCAGCCCACCAGAGGGGGCAGAGAUCCCUGGAGCUGGGCCUGAGAAGAUGGGUGGUGCCAGCACAGUCUGCUCCCCUCUGGAGGACAAUGGCUAUGCCAGCAGCUCCCUGAGCAUUGACAGCCCUAGCUGCAGCCCUGAGCCUGCCUGUGGGACCCCUCCUGGCCCUGACCCUCCAGCUCCCCUUCUGCCCUCGGUGGCCCAGGCCGUACAGCAGCUGCAGGCUCAAGAGCGCUAUAAAGAGCAGGAGAAGGAGAAGCACCAUGUGCACUUGGUGAUGUACCGUCGCCUGGCCCUGCUCCAGUGGAUCCGGGGCCUGCAGCACCAGUUGGUUGACCAGCAGGCCCGUCUGCAGGAGAGCUUUGACACCAUUCUAGACAACCGGAAGGAGCUUAUCCGCUGUUUCCAACAGAGGGCAGCACCAUCCACACCCCAGGACCAGGGCUAAGGGCGUCUCUGCACAGGGGUGCAAGGGUUUAUGUAUAUAUUUGCAGACAUGUGUGUUGUGCACAAGCAAGUACAGAUUCUUUGCUGGUGUGAGUGCAGGGAAGCAUAAGUGAGUAUGUCAGUGCUAGCAUGUAGGCAGAUGUGCACAGGCCACGUGAGAAGCAGCAGCCCUAUGUGUGAGUAUGUACAUAUGUGUAUGUAUAGUAUGUACGUAGGAGGAAGUAAGUUUGUAUAUGCAUGUGUGGAUGGGUACCCCACGGUGUGUGUAUGUGUGCAUGAGUGAAGAUAUAUAUGCAAAAGAUGUGUGUUUCUGUAUGAGUGAGUUUGAGCGUGCAGAUUUGUGGUGGGUGUUUGUGAGUGAGCCCUUGUGUGUGCAGGCCUAUUUGUAGGGGUGCAUGUGUGCAGGUGCGUGCAUGGGAUGUAUACAUUAGGAGCAUGUAUAUUUGCAGGCUGACUCUGGAGCAAGUGUGUGCAAAUAUAUGUUCAGUUGCACACGUGGGGCAUCCAUGCAUACCUUAUGUUACCCGUGGUCUCCACUAGCCUUUUUUCUCCACAGGGUCCCACUGCUCCCUGGAGAGAAGGCUAGCCUGCUCUCAGUAUCUGAAGACUGUGGCUGAGCCUUUCUCUUGGAUUUCUCGGCUACCUCUCCUUAUCCCUCCCCUUCACUCCUCCCAGAUCUUGCUCUGCUAAGGCUGUUGUCCCUGAUGGUGGAUUUGCUGUAGGAAGUUAGGUCGCUACUCUGGCCUAUUAUGGUUUUUUGGCUGCAAUCUUGCCAAGGCAAUUGGUAGAGAACUGGUAUCAGGGAAGGGAGCUAGAAUGGUGAUGGACACCAUGGCAGGCAUGGAGGCGGGAUCAGAGGAGAAGAUAGGGGACUGCCCCACUUGAACUCAGCCAUUGGGCACGUGGGAGAUGGGGAUGGGGGAGAUGAUGAUGGCAGAACCCUGAGAAGACUAGGAGAAUGGGAAUUCUACAAUACCAGUUCCAAACAAAUCACACCUCUCCACUGCAAGGGAGCUGUUGCAAACCAUAUUGACUUAAGCUUCUGAUGAAAAGGAAUCUGUGUUAAUAUAAUGUCAUAUGUCAACUACACCUCAAUAAAAAAGGAAAAAGAAAAGGAAUGUGUGCUUUCUAAGCUUGCAAGGAGUGGAGAGGUGUUCCAAGGCUGCUGGAGAAAAAUCUUACUUCCCUCUCUGUGCUUCUACUUGCUGUGCCUCUCUGGCUGUAGCAACAUUAGGUGUCAAAUUAAUUUGGUCAAUUUCUCUGAAAUCAGACUGUCUGGGCCAGGAGGAGCCACAGUUUGGCUCUCCAGAGUGGGCAGUGGGCAGUGUCAGUCCAGCCACUGGAAGCUCUUAGGAUGCUGGGCCAUACCCUCUUCUGUGAGUGCAUGGGCUUGACAGGCCCCAGCAGAGGAGAGGCUCCGUGAGGUGGAGAGCGGGUGAGUUCUGGAGAGAACCAAGGACUAAAGUAGUUGAGCUCCCUGCUUUGCUUUUGGGAGCCAAGAGGAUGCAAAAUCCUGAUAGGUGAGCAGUGACACAGAGGUCACUGAUGCCUCUGGCCCUGUCUCCCUAUCUGUAAAAUGAGUGGGUGCAUAGGUGAGAGGCAUAGGGAGUGACGCUGAAACAAUGGCCCUGGGAACUCUGCGUCUCACUUUU